AGCACAAUCGCCAGAUCUUGGGCAAGUUUCGAGACGCUUAGCGACGACGACCCGACAACCAGCCCCUUUAACGGAAUUGCCAGGUACGUUCGCAUGCCGGUUCCUUUACCAGUGCACACUUCGCCUUCCAUAAUUCAAGAUGAGUACGUCCGACGCCGAAACAUCGCACCGCGAUCCUCCGCAACGCCGAAUAACUUGAAACUAACAACGACUACAGCUAAGGGUACCUCCAGCUUCGGAAAGCGCCACAACAAGACGCACACUCUCUGCCGUCGUUGUGGCAAGCGGUCUUUCCACAUCCAGAAGUCGACUUGCUCCAACUGUGGCUACCCUGCUGCCAAGACCCGCAAGUACAACUGGAGCGAGAAGGCCAAGCGCCGCAAGACCACCGGCUCCGGUCGCAUGCGCUCCCUGCGCGAUGUCCACCGCCGCUUCCUGAACGGCUUCCAGACCGGUACCCCCAAGGGUGCCCGCGGUCCCCAGACCAACUAG